GUAACUCCUUUUCGAAGAACGACUUGUCAAAAAAUCAAGAUGGCAGCUCCCAUGCAGAGAGUCAGCUUUUCAGUGUUUAGGAAUUUACGUGCAAGUGUUGCGUGUUCUAAUGGAAUGGUACAAAGACGAUUGAAGAGCAACAAUGAGGGUAGCCAAAGGGAUGGCACAUUUCACAGUAAUAAACCGUCGGCGACUCUUAGCGCGGACGAAUCUAUGAUUAUCUGCUGGCAUCCGGAACCGAAAUUCCCUUACGAAUGUUCAAAGCCAAUGCCUAGAGACACAGAAGAUAUGACACAGGGUGAUUCGCCCUUGAAGCUUCAGUAUAUAAAGGGUUACAAACUGAGACACAGACCGACCGGUCCCACCGUGUCAGAACUCGCCAAUAUCUUCUACACUACAAAACACCCCUUCAACCCAAUACAAAGAACGAGACGAAGACUUAGAAAUCAGCCUCCGCCGGACCGCGAAAGCAUCUGAGAUACUGUAUCUAAAAUGUUAACAGAGAUAUUAAAGUCUGGAAAAAAUUUCA